GCGCGCCGCUUCCUUGGCCGUCUCCAUAGCAACCGGCGCUGUGAGGCGAGGGGGGAGAAGGCCCUUCAGGCGGCGGGCCUCGUGCCCUUUCCUCGCCGGCGUCCUCCGGCUCUGAGUCCCGGCCGCCGCCUCUUCCCCGGGCCGAGCGAGAGAUGUCCCUUCUGUCCGUGCAGGAGGAGAACCGGCUCCUGCAGCAGGAACUGUCCCGCGUGGAGGACCUGCUGGCCCAGAGCCGAGCCGAGCGCGAUGAGCUGGCCAUCAAGUACAACGCGCUCAGCGAGAGGCUGGAGGAUGCGUUGCGACUGGAGACGGGAGAGCAGGAGAGCCUGGAGAACAGGAGCCUGGCCAAGCAGAACAUCGAGCUGCGCCGGCGGUUGGAGGAGGACCAGGCGUCCUACAAACGCAAACUGCAGGCCUACCAGGAGGGACAGCAGCGGCAGGCGCAGCUGGUGCAGAAGUUGCAAGCCAAGGUUUUGCAGUACAAGAAGAAGUGUGGGGAACAAGAGCAGCAGUUGCUGGAGAAAUCCACAGAGCUGGAGCAUCAGCAGCUGACAGGUCACUUAGACGUGUCCGACUCGCAGUUAUGUCACGACGAGGAUCCUAGCAACGACCUGGAAAAACGCUCUGAUCGUUUAGAGGAAGAGCAGCAAAGGAGCGCCAGUUUGGCCCAGGUGAACGCCAUGCUGAGGGAGCAGCUGGAGCAAGCCAACGUGGCCAAUCAGGCCCUCAGCGAGGACAUCCGAAAGCUGACCAUGGACUGGACGAAAGCCCGAGAGGAGCUGCAGCAGCGGGAGGCGGACUGGAGGCGAGAGGAAGAGUCGUUCAACGACUAUUUCAGCAGUGAGCACAGCCGGCUGCUCACCCUCUGGCGGCAAGUGGUCAGCCUCAGGAGGCACUUCAGUGAAACGAAGAGCAUGACGGAAAGGUUAGGACUCUCGGAGCUGAAGAGCGAGCUGUGCCACACGAGCCGCGCCGUCAACGCCACCUGCCUGAACCUGGCGGCCCGCCUUGACCUGUCCGAGAGCACUGCAGGCGCAGCGGUGGAGAAGCAGGCGCUGCUGACAGCUCAGCUGGAGGACAAGGUCAGGGACGUGAUCCAGCUGCAGGUCCGGUGUGACACCGAGAAGGUGGAGCUGAGCACCAGGUGGGCUCAGCGAAGCUCUCUCAAGCUGGAACGCCUGAAAGGGCAGAUGGAGAAGGGCAGGACGAUUGAAGGCUUGACCAACAAGCUGGAGACUUUUGGUGAGAAGCGGAGGCAGGAAGAACAGGCUGUGGAGGUGGAAGCUCUGAGGAGGGAAGCCGAGAAGCUGCACCAGGCGCUGCGAGAGAUUGCCCAGUACUGCCUUCUGGGACAACCCACGAAAUCUCAAGAGAUGGGAAACACAUCUAGUCUUUGCAACAGGCGGGCAGUGAUCUUGGACACUGAAGGCACUGGUCACCUCUCACCGUCCGACCCAAAAACGGAGGUUUCGGCCAGCAACGACACCGGCCUGCGGGGCUUGGCCUCCCCCCUGCGGAGCUCCUCGCCUCGACGCAGCCACUCUCCCGUCUUUGCCGUCUCCACCCUGGCUAUGGUGCUAGUCCGCCUACAGAAGCGCCAGCUGCAGCUGCAGGAACUGCGGGGAAAAUAUGAGGCCGCUCAGGAUCUGGCAUCUUCCCUGAAGACGCAGCUGGCCGAGGAGAACCACGAGCGACAGUCUCUGCAGCAGACCGUCCUGCAACUACGAAGUGAGGUGGAGAGUCUGACUCGGACCAGAGAAGAGGCAGACCGGGAUGCCAGCCACUUCCGGUCGGUGGUAGAAUUACUGGGCGGUGAGAAGGUGUCCUUGGAGAAGAGCCUCUGGGCUGCGGAGCAGGAACUGGAAGAGGUGCGUCAAGAGAAGGAGAAACUGCAGCUGACCAGCAGCGACCUCCAGCACCAGCGCGAUGCCUUGGAGGAGGAAAGAGAAGACCUCCUGAAGGAUCGGGAGCGUGCCUGGAAGGAAGUGGAACAGAGCCACAGACAGCUGGAACAUUUGGAGGUCACCAAGUCCAGCCUGAGGAACGAGCUGGUGCUGACAAAGGAAGCCCUCAGCCAUGCGACUCUGGAGAAGGAGGUGUUGGAAGAGGAGAAGGCCAAAGCAGCCGAAGCUCUGGCCAAGAACGAGGGGAGCCGGGCCGAGCUGGAAGUCGCUCUGAACCGGCUGAAGGCGGAGGAGGCCUCCAUGCGCGAUUCCCUUGCCAAAAUGAGUGCCCUCAAUGAAGGGCUGGCACAAGACAAAACGGAGCUGAACCAGAUUCUCAUCCAGCUGGAGGAGGAGAAGGCUUGUCUUCUGAGCAGAAAGCAGGAGGUGAGCUGGAGAAGGCCUGCAUCCGGGAUGACCUGGCCCCGCUUGGUGCAGGAGAAGCUGGAGCUCGACUCGGAGUGCCGAGGCCUGGGCCAUUCCCUGCAGGCAGUGGAGCAGAGCCAGAUGGCCCUGGAGCAGGAGCUGCUGGCCCUGCAGGGGGAGAAAGGCCAGCUCCAGGAACAGCUGGCACAGCUUUCCCGCCAAAGGAACGCAGCUGGCAAGGAGCUGGACCAGGCGUGCCAAGAGUUGCAGCGCCAGAAGGAGUCUGCGCUCCGGGUGGCCCAGGAGAAGGAGACACUAAUGAAGGAGAAGGCCGGGCUGAUGGUACAGGUGGCCGCCUUGGAGCGGGAGAACCAUGGCCUGCUGGAGGAGCUCGCUGGCCUUAGGUCUGGGAAGGACUCCCUGGAGGCCUCGCUCUUUGAGACCCAGCAAAGGUUGGCCCACCUGGACACCCGGAGGGAGCAGCUGGAAACAGGCAGCCAGAGCUUAUUUCUGGCCAAAGAGGCCUUGCAAGCGGAGCUUACAAAUGUCCACAAACGGAUGGAGAUGGAGAUGAGCCGCCUGGAGAGGGACAAGGAGCUUGUGGCCCAGAACCGGGCCUUGGCGGAGCAGGAGGCCCAGGCCGCCCGGAAGAACAUGCAAGCUGCCCAGGCGGAGGCCGAGCGACUCCAGCGGGAGAAGGAGGCACUGCGGCAGGAGCAGGAGGCCGAGCGGGACCAGCUGAGGCACCAGCUGAGGCAGGAGCGGGAGGAUCUGUUGGCCCAACACGAGGCCGAGAAGGAGGAGCUGAGCGUGGAGGUGUCUGCUCUGCAGCGGGAGCGGGACGAGGGCCUCCUGCUGGCAGAGAGUGAGAAGCAGCAGGCACUCUCUGUGAAAGACUCGGAGAAGGCCGUCCUCCUGGAGAAGCUCCUGGCCACCCAACAGACCUUGGCCAACCUCACCCUGGAGCUGGAAAGGCAGAAGCGUGAGAGCCGCAGCCGCCAGGAGCAGGAGCGGAGCACCACCAGUGCUUUGAACGCAGAGUUGCGAAAUCUGCGUUCUCAGUUGGAAGAGGCCAUCGUAGGGCACAAACGAGAGGCUAAGGGCCUGCAGGACCAAGCCAGGGACCUGGUGAAGCAGCGGGAGUCUGCCCUCUGCGAGGUGGAGGAGCUAAAGACGCGGCUGCAGCUGCUGGAGGAUGCCCGGGAACUGAUUCGCCGAGAACUGGGGGAGGCCCAUCGCAAGGUGCGCGAGGCCCAGGAGGCCUGCGACCUCCAACGGAAGGAGGCGGCGGAACUACGGCGCAGCCUGAACGAUGAGGGCAAGGAGAAGGAGGCCUUCCAGAGGUCCAACACGGAGCUGCGGAUGGCCCUGAAGCGGGCCGAGAGCGAGCGUAUCAGUUUGAAGCGCGCAACCGAGGAGAAGGACCAGAAAAUUUCAGUCUUGGAGGAGGCCCAAGCAGCUGCCGGCAAGGAGGCCACAGACGUACGCAGCAGCCUCCAGGAGGUGGAACAGUCACGGCUGGAGGCCCGUAGGGAGUUGCAGGAGCUGCGGAGACAGGUCAAGAUGCUCGACAGUGAAAACAGCAAGAAAAACAAAGAGGUAGCCGAGCUCCAGGCCCGAGUAGCCCUUGACGAACAGCGGGAGGAGGAGAGCCGGCGGGAAUCCUUCGGCCUCAAGCAGAAGAUUGUAGAGAGCGAGGCCAGCCGGGAGUCGGCCCGGAAAGAGCUCCACAACCUGCAACGGAAGCUCAUGGACCUGGAGCAGGAGUCACGCCUAAGGGAGAAGGGGCUGCUGGGGAGCCUGGAGGAAGCCCGGGUCACUGAGAAGAAGCUGCUGGAUGAUGCCCGCAACCUGGAGAUCAAGCUGGAGAAGGCCCAGGCGGAGGGGGCCGAGCUGGGCCUACGGCUGAGCGCAGCCGAGGGUCGUGCCCAGGGCCUGGAAGUGGAGCUGGGCCGCCUGGAGGGCCUGAAACGAGAGGCGGAGUACAAGCUGGGUAGACUUCACUCAGCCCUCCGGCGAACCCUGGGCGUCAGCCGCAGAGGCCGUGUCCCCGGAGCAAGGGUCAGCGGUGGCUCCCCAAAGAUACCCUUCUCUCCUCCCAAAGGAACGUCUACCGUUGAGGGGCUCAGUGGCAGCCCCGCCUCAUUGGCCAGCGGCCCGUUCUCCCUCCCCAUCUCACCAGAGCGCCCCCCGUCUCCCAGCCAGGCUGGGCAACUGGUGGCAGACAUCGACCCGGAGAUCGUUCAGAAUGUGUUGCGAGACUUCCUGGAAGAGCUGCGGGAGGCCCAGCAAGAGCGGGAUGAUGCUCGUUCCCAGCUGGGUGGCCUGAAGUGUCAGUUGGCCGAGACGGAGGCCCAGCGUGACCUGGCCAGCAGCCGUGUGCAGCAGCUGCAGAAGCAGGUGGCGGCUUGCGAGGAAGAGAGGCGUAGUCUGGAUGGGAAGCUGACGGGGGCCCAAACGGCUUUGAUGCUUCAGGAGGAGACCCUGCGCUGGAGUGAACGAGAGCGCAAGGCCCAGGCGGAGAAGCUGGCUACGCUGGAGCACGACCUGCAGGCAGCUGCAAGCGAGCAGAGGGCUACGCAGGAGAAACUCAGCAAGAUGAAGGCCAACGAGGCCAAGCUGGAGGCGGACAAACGACGGCUGAGAGACUCCUUGGGUAGUUCGGAGAGCCGGAGCACCAAACUGGAGCUCUUGCGGCGGUCGCUGGAAGGGGAACUGCAGCGGGCCAAGGUGGUGCUGAGUGACCGCGAGGCUGAGCUCCAGCUUCUUCAGGAGCGCAUUGCCGUCAUGCAGAGGCAGGUGACUGAGAGCGAGAUGAGAGCCGGUGCACUGCAGCAGUCCUUGGACCAACUCAACCUCUCGCUGGCCAAGGCUGCCGAUUCUGAGACUUCCCUGAAGGAGAAGGUGCAGGGGCUGACAGCCACCUUGUCCGAGACCCAGAGAAACUCCGUCUCCGCGCAGGAGAAGCUGCUGCAGUUGCAGAAGGCCCUGGCAACCGGAGCGCACGAGCAGAGAGUCCUGCAGGAGCGACUGGAUGCAGCCCGGCAUGCCCUCUUGGAAGCAAAGAAGCAGAACGGGGCCCUUUCGGAGCGGCUCCAAGCCUUGAAAGGGCAGCAGGCUGAACUGGAGCUGCAGAAGGAGGAGCUGGAGGGGCUGGGGAGACAGCAGGAAGAGCUGCUGCACCAACGCCAGGAGGGGGAGGCGGCGGCCCUGCGGAAGCUGCAGAAGGUGCAAGAGGACCGGCGCCUGCUCCAGGAGCGCCUGGGCAGUCUGCAGAAAGCCCUGGCCCAGCUCGAGAGUGAGAAACGGGAAGCCGAGCGCCUGUCCCUGCGCCUGGAGAAGGAGAAGGGCGCCCUGCGGAGAACCCUGGACAAGGUGGAGCGCGAGAAGUUGAAGACUCACGAGGACUCUGUGCGGCUUUCCGUGGAAAAAGGGCGCCUGGAUCGUUCCCUCACGGGCACAGAGCAAGAGCUGAUGGGAGCCCAGCAGCUGAUACGGCAGCUGGAGGCGCAGGUGGCCGAGCUGGAGCAGGCCCGGGGCAAGAAGCUUCUUGGCAAAGCGGCCUCCCCUCAGCGGCAGGAGGGUGAGCGCCUGAGCAGUUCCCGUCCUGGAGGCAAAGGGCUGGAAGAGCAGAUCUCGACUCUGAAGGAGCAGCUGCAGCAAGACACCCAGAAGGGACAACCUUAUUUCCCAGCUUCCCCUCUCAUUUCCGGAAACUAGCUGUGGCAGCAGACACGUGGAAGGAGCUGAGCCCCACGGCUCUAAAGAGUGCCACAGCAAGAGAGGCCACCGACCUCCUAUCCCUCAGGGCCUAGGUUCACCCGCGGUGCAAGGUAGUGUGAACCGCUCCUCUCUUCUUCUUUUUGCUGUCCCAAGAAGGCCUCGGUUGUCUGAACAGUUUGGUUACUUCUCGGAUCCAAGCUGGAUCAGAAGGAGAAUUCGCCCCCCCCCAUAAAGAUGACCGAAAAGGAGCCCCCAGGGAAAGUGAGCAGCAAGCCAAGCGCAACUGGUACCAGAAGGUUCCAUUUCUUUCCUGGUGGAGAACGGGGUGGGUGGGUGGGCAUCUGAGUAGAUCCUGGCCUGGUCUCUGGCCCCCCACCCCCCAUUGCCUGGAGCAGCGUUUGUGUCCCAUGAUGGGCCGAAGGGCAUCCUCGACGAAGGAUAUAUUUUUUUAAUCGGACCGUAGAACCUAAUCAGGUGUGUAUUUUUCUCUGUUGGGACUCUUUAUGUAGCAGCCAAUCAAGGAAAGUAGAAAGUUAUUUUUUUUAUAUCCGCGGCAUUGUGGCUUUCUCAGGCUUUCCCCUCAUUACGUAGAAGGGGAAUAGUUUGUAAUGGAAGAUUUGAGAGUUUCCGUCCUCCCUCCCCACCCCAAUUCUAUUGGGAAGGGUUGUGAAAAUGCAGGAAGGAGUGUGUCCUGUUGUGCCACCAUCUUUUGCCAGAAAAAGAAUGGACAAUGGUAACAUGUUUGGUCUGUUUAAUUUUUAAGAUCGUUUUGUAAAAAAAGGGUCGGUGGGGAGAAAAUUACGCUCCGUACAAAAAAUAUAACUUGCAAUUACAAGACAUUUCAACCCAACCCAACCGGUAGCUGGCGUGAUGGUCGGCAUUUCUGGAAGGACAAAGUUGGGUCCCUGUUGAGACCCCGGCCCGAGUCACGCCUGAGCAGCCCUGCAAGUGUGUCACUGCCACGGUGGGGGAGGGCCCCCCAAGAAGGGCCGUUGUUCCUCUGGGCAUGAACCAGGGGCAUCAUCCGUGGUCCAGAAUCUCCUCCCGUCC